ACAAAGCAUUUACUUAGAUAUUUGUUUUCUUACUCGAAACAUUUACCAAGCAACUUUAUAACAUUUGACGUGAAAGUUUUGAAAAUCUCUACAUGCAUAGUGUGGUUGUUUUAAUCUUAUCGAGUUAUCCUUGAAGCAAAAUAUAGAAAACUACUCUUCAUCUAACGAUCUAGAUCAGCUACAGCAGUAUCUAUAUCUACAACAUGAUGAUGGCUGUGCAUGGAUCAAAAAGAAGGGUCAUGAAAUGGUUAAUUCCAGGAAGAUCUAGGGUUCUGAUAAUUUCUUUUCUUCUUCUUCUUUCAGCUUAUGUUACUUCUUCUCAGCAACACACCGACCAAAAAACAGCACCAGCUUCAACUUUAAGUAAUGAAACCAAAGGAGUUGAUGCUAAUCACCAUGCUAAAGUAUUUUAUAAACACACUUGGCCGGUGAUGAAAUUUGGGUGGAGAAUAAUAGUUGGUACCAUAAUUGGAUUUCUAGGAUCAUCAUUUGGAACUGUGGGAGGUGUUGGUGGAGGUGGCAUAUUUGUUCCCAUGCUUACUCUUAUUAUUGGAUUCGAUGCAAAAUCAGCAACAGCAAUAUCAAAAUUUAUGAUUACUGGAGGAGCAGGAGCAACAGUUUUAUACAACUUGAAGAAAAGACACCCAACACUUGACUUACCUGUAAUUGACUAUGAUCUAGCACUUCUCUUCCAACCAAUGCUAAUGCUUGGUAUCAGUCUUGGUGUUGCCUUCAAUGUCAUUUUUCCUGACUGGAUGAUAACAACUUUACUAAUCAUAUUCUUCACUGGCAUUUCAAUUAACGCUUUCUUAAAAGGAGUUAACACAUGGAAAAAAGAAACACUUACUAAGAAGGAAGCUAGGGAAUCCGAUGAUAGAAGGAUAGAAGAUACGGUCAAUGAAAGUGAAACCAAUACAAAUGUACCAAGAAAAAAGGUUUCUGUUAUUGAGAAUGUUUAUUGGAAAGAACUUGGACUUCUUUUCGCUGUGUGGAUCAUGAUACUUGCAUUACAGAUAGGAAAAAAUUAUACAAGAACUUGCUCGGUGGCGUAUUGGAUAUUGAAUCUGGUUCAGGUACCUAUAACAGUAGGAGUGAGUUCAUAUGAGGCAGUGCUUUUAUACAAAGGGAAAAGAGUUAUAGCUUCCAAGGGAGAUGAACAGACAAAUUGGAGUGUGAAGCAGUUGAUUAUGUAUUGUUCAUGUGGCAUUAUUGCUGGCAUAGUUGGUGGCUUGCUUGGUCUUGGUGGAGGAUUUAACUUAGGGCCACUUUUCAUUGGACUAGGAAUCCCUCCUCAGGUGUCAAGUGCUACAUCCACUUUUGCAAUGACAUUUUCUGCAUCUAUGUCUGUGGUGGAAUAUUACCUUCUCAAACGUUUUCCUAUUCCAUAUGCUCUUUACUUUGUGGCUGUAGCGACUGUUGCUGCACUUGUUGGGCAGCAUUUGGUGAGGAAGCUAAUUGCCAUAUUAGGGAGAGCUUCAAUCAUCAUUUUCAUCCUUGCCCUCACAGUUUUUGUGAGUGGAAUAUCCCUAGGUGGAACAGGAAUAGCAAAUCUGAUUAAAAGGCUUGAAAAUAAGGAAUACAUGGGAUUUGGAAACCUAUGUGAGUACAGGGUUAGGAAUUAAAGGUCAUUGUUGUAAAACUUGCAUGGGUUCAAAGCUAGUACGCGCUAGACUUGGGUUUGUUUGCCAACCAACUUGACUCCAAUUUUACAAACUAUGUAAAGUACAUAUUUCCUUUUAAUUGAAAAACAAACAUGUACAUUAAAUCGCUGUCCGCACAAUAAACCUCCUACACUAUGAGAAGAAACAAAAGAUCAAGAUUGCAAAACUUAGCAUUAUAAAAACAUUUGUACAGAA